AUGAGCCGACGUGGUGGCAAGGAUAAGGAGAGCCUCCUCGAAGUGUCUCAAGGUUUAUCCGGGACUGCUACACCUCGUGGUUCCGAUCGAAGGGCAGCUCGCGGCAUUGUUUCACCUCGUGUUCCCGGUCGACAUCGGGCGGAUGAUAAAAAGGAGUAUACCUCUGUUUAUGUGGAGACGGUUGAUGAAAAAACACAUAUCGCCGAGGGUAGUAUUGUGGCUUUCCAAUUUGUUUCCAAGGGGAAAUGGAUGUGGGCUAUUGGCACGGUUGUUUCCGAUGGUGCCACCGCUGAUGGUGUUGGCAGCAGCCCAGCUGUAACGGAUCCCGGACUCGUAUCACUGUUGUGCUGGAAGGUUGUUUGGAAUUCAAAGGAUGAUGUGCCUGAGCGGGAGGAAAGGGUGGUGGAGACAGCCCAGGAAAGACGAGAGAGGAUAUCGCGUGAAUUGUAUGUGCAUGAUGUUAUGCGCAGAGAAAAUAUCGUUGAGGGGAUUAGGAAAGAUAUACGAAACAUAAGUCGUGAAUCGUGGAAAGAGUUGAUGAGACUGAAGGAGGCCCCAAAGGCUGUGUUGCGCGCAGUGAGAGCAGUUUUUGAACUCUUGUGCAUUGAGCUGGUGGCCUCAUCUGAAAGCGAUGAAUGGGAUCAGAUGAAGCGGUUCAUGGCUUCUAGCGCAUUUACAGACCUUCUCUCAGAUCCAAAUGCCGUUCGCAUGGAUGACGCACUGGCUGAUGCUCUAAAUGAAAAAUAUUUGAGCGAUCGCCUCUUUGACUUCACAGUGGUGAGUGCCAACAAUCGUCUCGCUGGGCUCCUUCAAAAGUGGGUGACAAGCGAAGUUUAUCUCUACAAGGCUCGUGCCUCCCUCCGGAUGAUCGACGACCAGUUGUCGGACACAAUGGGCGCACAGGGCAGCAAAUUUUCUGCUUCGCUCCGGAGUGGAAACUCAAGUACGAGGGUGAGGCCCUUUUCGGGGAGAGAUGGUGAAGACAGUGUUAAAAUGACUGUUCGGAGCUUUAGUGAAUCAGGAGAAAUAUCCUUCGUGCGCACAGACGAAAAAGUAGUGGUACUCCAAAUGUCUAUCUUCUGCAAACUGAUACCACUUACAGGCCCCUUGAAGUCAAGGGAGAUGAUUCUUAAGCGGGAUAGUAUUGCGCAAAUCCGGAGUGCAGCGUCGAAGCAGCUUCGGGGCACUCCUCGCGGGUCAAAUGUCGCAACUCGUGUUGCUGGGGAUCGACACGUCACUGAGUCCUAUGUCUCUACCGCACCAACUGGCUUAACACAUAUAUUCUGCAAUCAGUCGAUUGAGCGUUUGCGUCUGGUUGCACGGGAGUUGGGAUCACUCUUCGACCUUCACCAGAUGUUUACAGCCGAACGUUGGAAGAUCAUGCACCGCGACACCACCAGCCUCAGGGAUCGCCCAAAUAACAUUUCCUCGAAGUCAGCCGACUCCGAGAGGAAGCUGUCGAGAGCUAUGAAGCGCAUCAAUGAGCUGGAGGGCCAUCUCAGAGAAAAGGAGGAUGAACUUCGGGAUGUGUGGGGCAAGACUGAGGAAGAGACGAAGAGUCUUAAGAAACAUGUGAGGAGUAGAUCAGAUGAAGACAGCGAAAGGAGGGUAAAUCGGGGUUGUGGACUGAACUUCCGCAUACUUUGCCUACUGCAGGACGAAGAGGUAAACCGUAUGCGCCUCGGCACAAUAGAAAUACAGGAGCGGUUCAUGUUGCAGCUGCGGGAGACACGAAGCUCAAAUGAUAUGGCUCUAAACGAAUUAAAAGCGGAAUACGUCAAGGAAACCAUUGCCCUCCAGCGUGAAGUCUCAAACUUAGAGGGUUGCCAACAGAGGGCGCUUUCUAUCCUUCGAGAGUGCUUGAGUCGGACUCAGGAAGGACCCUUGAAGCACCAGCAAUACGUUGAAAAGGAAGACCUUCACUCAUGCUUACUAGAUGUAGAGCAGGCGAUGAUGGAACUUGGCGCCUCGCGACUACCGAGCACACACCUCUUUUCUGAGCGGAGUGAUGAGUGCACGGAGCAUCGAACAUCUCGCAUAACCACGAGGAGGGAUGCUCAUGCUCAAACUCACGCCUUAGAGCGUUUGAAGAAUGUCGUGGAUGACGUGGGUGACAACGAUGUAAUUCUGAUUAAAGAUCGUUUGGUUGAGGCAAUGUACGACCGUGAACUAAUCCAAGAGCUGCUCACGCGUGAGCAACAAAAGUGUCGGGAGUUGGAGAAAAAGGAGGAAACCCUUCUCCUGGACUUGGAGCAGGUGACCAAUCAACGCACGGAGCUGGAUGAGGAGGUACAAGUACUGCAAGCCGAAGUGGAGGCACUAACAAAAGCACUGAAGCGAGCAACCGAUGGCAACAAGGACGCAGAUGUUCACGGUGCGCGGAGGCCCAACAGUAAAAAGUCUGGUAUGGACUUCAUGGAUGGCGACGAUGAGCAACAAACUACCGAAGUGGCCGAAACGUUCAACUCUGCGAACACAGUACAGGAUCAGUGGUUGAUUAACUUGUUAGAGGAAGAGGGUGUUGACCACUCUGGUGGCGUUUUCACUGCUCUCUGUACUUAUAUAGAGCAACUUAAGGCCAAUCGAGCCACUCUGGAGGCAGACCGCGAUAUGCACGCAUCAGAGGCGAGGAUGCUUGAAAUGUGUCUGAAGACUGCUGCUGAUGCUCUGGAAGAUGCAUUGCUACAUGACGAGCGCUGGCGCCCGCGGACAACAAGUUCGCAACACACGACAUUUCACUCUAAAAAGUUCCCUGGAGACGACUGGGGUUUAGUGGCGGCCAACACACCGGAAGCUCUCGUGAACGCCAUCGUGCAUGACGUAGCAGCUGCUUGCCACUUACCUGAGGAUUAUGUAUUGGAUGUUGACUACCGCGAUGAUGGUGUUGAGCUUCAUGUGACGUUUGACUUGAGGCAUGACCCAUCUAUAACGACGGAAGAGAUUGCAAGGCGUCUAGAAGAAUGUAACUUUUACGAAAUGGAAAAAAUAUAUGCUAACCGACACGAACGUAAGAGCGGAAUUGAUGAGUUGCGCAGGGACCUGCAGGCAAAAGUAGAGGAAAUAAACGCCUUACGCGGCACGUUGAGAAGAUUGCAGACGGGUACCAGCGGUUAUUCUUAUUCUUCGAGGUAG